AUAGAAACUUUGAUGUUGUUCCAUUUCCACUUAGCCUUUGUUGUCGUCACCCAGCUUUCCCUUGACCCUUCACUUCAGUUAUUUAAAUAUAGAUCUCCAGAUGUAUUGUAGUUGUCUGCGCAUCCUGCUCGCUCACUUAAGAUUUAUCUGUUCAUAUAUUUCCACCAGUCUGUAAACUGUUGGCUAAUUGACUUCUCGGUCUGCAUAAAGUCUGAGAACUAUGCUUCUACGAUUUGAGUUGGGGGCUCACGAAGAGCGAAGCGAAGGCCGCUCACUCAAUUCAGUCGCAGCACACUGGGAUCAAUUUCGAUCUCUCGCGACGAGUUUGGUGCGGUGGGUAACCUAGACUUACUAGCUUGCAGAAUAGCAGUCUUUUGUAACGACCAUGCCCGAUCGAAGUCGUAAGAUGGCCGGCACUGACACCGACACGUUGACGGUGCCAUCCGGCGAGGGAUUGAGCGCGGGUGCUAGUUCGAGUGCGGUGACCAAGCGGGCUAAGCGGUUUGAGAUCAAGAAGUGGAAUGCGGUUGCACUUUGGGCUUGGGAUAUCGUCGUGGAUAAUUGCGCUAUUUGCCGUAAUCACAUCAUGGACCUAUGUAUUGAGUGCCAAGCAAACCAAGCAAGUGCCACCAGUGAGGAAUGCACUGUAGCGUGGGGCGUUUGCAAUCAUGCAUUCCAUUUCCAUUGUAUUAGCAGGUGGCUAAAGACCAGACAAGUUUGCCCUCUGGACAACAGUGAAUGGGAGUUCCAGAAGUAUGGACGUUGAAGCCUGGACCUUGUGUACAUUCUCGUGAAUAAUGAAAACGAUGACACCCUCAAGUUUUCAGAAUUUCCGAACUUCUGUGUCACAAGCGUGAUUUGGUCCUAAUUUGGGACCGUUCAAUUUCAGAUCUGUCACUAGCAGGAGGUGACUGGUAUAUACUAGGCAAAGAAAGAUUCUUUUCUCUGUGUUCAUAAAUGUUGAGGAUAAACACAAAUUAAAUUCCAUCCA